AGUCGGGGCGGCGGAACCGGAAGCACGUGUUCUGGAAUGUAGCGAGCCGCCGAGUGUAUCACUUUGGAGGUUGUGCAGGCCGGCGGCGCGCUCGGACCAGUGGAUACAAUCAAAGAUACAAUGGCUUCCAGCACUGACCCCGAGGAGGAGGACGGCAUGGACGAGUUCCUCGAAAAGUUCAAGGGGAAGAAGUACAAAGAUGGCUUCACUGAGGACAACUGGGAGAAGGAGUUUGAUAAAAUUCCAAUCUUCAUGAAAAAGGCACCAGAAGACCUUGAUCCAGUGAAGCACCCAGAAGUUGCCUGCAUCCAGUCCAUGUUAUACGAUGAGGAUCAAUCUCCAGAAGAGCUUGCAAAAACAUACAAGAAUGAAGGAAACGAAUAUUUUAAGGAAAAGAAUUAUAAGAGGGCAGUCGUCUCUUACACAGAGGGUCUGAAGAGGAAAUGCUCCGACACAGAGCUAACCGUCAUACUCUAUACAAACAGAGCUGCAGCACAAUUUUAUUUAGGUAAUAAUCGAUCAGCAUUAAAUGAUGCGAUUGCAGCUCGAAAAUUGAAACCAAAUCAUCUGAAAGCAAUAAUCAGAGGUGCCCUGUGCCACAUUGAACUGAAGGAUGCCAGCAGUGCAGUAUCAUGGUGUGAUGAGGGCCUCCGGAUUGAACCAAAAGAAAAACAACUCCUUGAACUGAGAGCCAAAACUGAUAAGCAGAAGCGGGUUGAAGAGCGUAAUCGAAGGAAGGCAACGUUGAGUGAUAAGAAGCAACGGGUGCAAGCAGAGGCAUUACUGAAAGCCAUCCAGGAAAGAAAGAUCAAAUUAUUUGAGCCUCCAGAGCUGCCCAGUCAAAGCGCUGAUGAUGAAAAUGAUGGAAAGAAGGACAACAGCAUAGUAAGGACGUUGUUUAAUGGAGUGAAUGCUGAAAGUCAUGUAGUACACCUGGAUGAAAAUGGCAGCUUGCAUUGGCCUGUAUUGUUCCUAUAUCCUGAGCAUGAACAAAUGGACUUCAUCUCAGCCUUUCACGAAGAUGCCCAGUUUAUUGAUCAUUUAUCAGAAAUGUUUGGUGAGCAAUCACCCCCAUGGGAUACAGAAAAGAAAUAUAAGACAGCCAAUUUGGAGCUGUACUUUGAAGAUGAGCAGAUGGGGGAUCUUUUCCUGGUGGACCCAGUGUGUUCCCUGCGGCAGGUGUUGAGUCACCCCAGAUACGUUGUGAAGGCUGGCAAUCCAAGAAUCAUAAUUCUGGUCAGAGGUUCAUCGUUCUGUAAAGAAUUUCUAUCAGGAAAAAAUCUUCAAGAAAAUUAAAACGUCUAUAUUUGUAUUUGAA